CAGAUUGUCGCCGAUUCAUCAAGAAACCCAAGCAAAAUCGGGAACCCGGCCACCAAGUGACGAUCCAUGGCUUCUCGAUCUCUCUUCCUCACCUUCAGCCGAAAAUUCAGGAAUAGAGGCUUCAUCAAUCGAAAUUUCAAAUCGAUCCCGGUCCUCAACGAACCCAGCGUGUCGAAUUACUGCUCUUAUGGAGCUCUGAGGAGUCAAUCUUUUGAGGAAUCAGUUAAUUCUGAAGAAACCGAUGACUUGAAGAGUAGAAUAUUCCGCCUCAGAUUGCCCAAGCGAAGCGCUACCAACGUUCUCCUGAGAUGGACGAGCGAGGGCAAUCAAGUUACGAUCACUGAGCUCCGGAAUAUCUCGAAAGAGCUCAGAAGGCUUCAGCGUUACAAGCACGCUCAAGAGAUUUUAGAAUGGAUGGUGACAAAUAAUGAGUCUGAGUUAUCUGAUUCUGACUUUGCAAUACGCAUAGACUUGAUGACAAAAGUAUUUGGUAUCGAUGCUGCUGAACGCUACUUCGAAGGUCUACCUAGUGAUGCCAGAACUUGUGAGACGUAUACCGCUCUUCUUCACUCGUUUGCCGGGUCCAAAUUGACCGAAAAGUCUGAAACACUUUACGAAAAAAUAAAGGAGUCAGAUACACCUCUCACAGCCCUUCCAUUCAACGAGAUGAUGACUUUAUACAUGUCCGUUGGGCAAGUAGAAAAGGUAUCCUCCAUUGUAGAUGACCUGAWGCAAAAGAUGGUGAAUCCUGACAUUUUCACUUACAAUCUUUGGAUCAGCUCACAGGCUGCAGCUUUAAACAUCGAUGGUGUUCGACAGACUCUYGACGAGAUGAGUCGCAAUCCCAAUUCAAAUGAAGAUUGGGCGAGAUAUAUUGAUCUCGUCAACAUAUACAUUACAUCCACUCACCUAUUACAGACAGGGUCGAACUSUGUAGUCGAGUCAGAGAGUGGCAUUAGUCAGCGAGAAUGGAUAACKUACGACCUUCUCAUUAUUUUGAAUGCUGGUCUGGGAAACAAGGACAAGAUUGAUCAGAUCUGGAGAUCAUUAAGGAUGACAAAGCAAAAAAUGACAAGCAGAAACUACAUUUGCGYCAUUUCUUGUUACCUGAUGCUUGAUGAUUUGAAGGAAAUUGGAGAAGUUAUUGAUCAGUGGAAACAGGCAAGUUCUACAGAUUUUGAUAUUUGUGCCUGUAAUAGGCUUGUAAAUGCAUUUGUUGAAGCUGGCUUGAAUGAGAAAGCCAACAGUUUUGUCACCCUUUUGAUUCAGAAGAACUGUAACCCCAUAAAAGCAGAGCAGUAGAAAAUAGAUUUAAAUCUUGGUUCUUUGGACUUUUAUACUUUGGUUUUGUUUUAAUCCCUUGUGAAAUUUUGUCUUA